AUUUCUUCGUACUAGAUAAUCUGCUGAAGCCGAAGCGCGGGCUACCUGUUCGACGAAAUGUCCCGGAAGAAAACCAAAGUCGACGCCGUCGAGGGAGAUGCCGCUGCCGCUGCCGCCACCAACGACCGUCUCAGCGCCCUCCCGGACGACCUCCUCCACAAGGUCACCUCGUUCCUGAGGUCAUGGGAGGUGGCCCGCACCUGCGUGCUCUCGCGCCGCUGGCGCAACCUCUGGGCCUCCGCGCCCUGCAUCGACCUCCGGGUCUGGUGCAAAGCCCGCCACGGCCGGCUCCCCAGGCAGCUCGCCAGGUUCGCCAACCACCUCUUGCUCCUGCGGGACGUGUCCGCGCCGCUGGACACGCUCCGGCUCCUCUCCAGCCCCACCCGUUAACUACACCCCGGACUACUCCUACAGACCCAAAGACUACUACUACGACAACGAGGAGGAUUACUCCUCUUCAGAUGUCGAGAUGUGGAUCCGUGCCGCCGUAAAC